GAGUUGUGCACUGUAGAUCUUACCCAUGUUGAACACGAAGCAAUGUAUGGAGCAGCGCAUUCUGAAGAGGCGCGAGGAGGAAGCCAGAACAACAGACCUGAGACGGCGAUUGAUGGAGAACAACAUCUACGCAGGCUACGGCAAGAGUGACCUUUCUGUCGAGAAGAAGCGUCGAGCACAUUCGGAAUGUGCUGAGCGCCGGGAGCUUUUGGCAGACUACGGCUAUGUGAAGGCAGAGCAGGAGAAGACGAAGCGCGCUCAAGUCACGAUGCUGGAGGAGCAGUUGGCCGAUCAGCUGUCGAAGAGCAAGGCGGAGCAGUUGCGCAGCGAGAUGGACCGCCGGCGCAUUUGCGAGGGCUCGGAGGAGUUGCGAGCCUUGAAAGAGCGACUCCACAUGGCCAAGGUGAACAAGGAGCGUGCUCAGCAGCUUUUGGAGAUUGAGGUCCGUAAGGAGAGAAAUCGCAUAGCUGACCACAUGCUCACGGAGCACAUGGAGAACGAAAGGCUAGAACAGCAGGAGUUGGAGCACAAGCUGAUCAUUGAGAAGCAGAAGCAAAGAGAACGGGUCAAGGUGAUCAACCAGCAGCAGAUAGCCAUGAAAGAGGCGCAACGUGAGGAGGCCAUGCAGGAGUACAUCAAGGAGCGCCAGCAAGUGGAGGAGCUGGUCGAGAAGAUCGCCAAAGAAGACGCCAAGGAAGCCAAGGUCCGUUCCGACAAGCAAGUGGAGUCCCGGAUCAUGCUGCAGCAGUUCAUGCUGGACCAGAAAGCCAAGCAAGAGAAAGCUGAAGCCGAAGAGCGGGCUGAGAACGAGCGCAUCGAGCAAUUCGCCCGGGACAAACGGGCGCGGGAGGAAAGGUUGGAACAGGAGAGGCAGGAGAAAGAGAAGGAAAAGAUCCGAAUCCUGAAUGCGAUGCUGGGCAAGAUGGAGGCAAAGAACAAGGCGGCAGAGGAGUUCGAGCUCUUGCGGAACGAUCUGCACUUUGAAGAGGGUCAGGCAGAGGCUCGCAGGGUGGAGGAGAUGAGGAUGCGAAAGAAGUUGGAAGACAGAGAGGAGAUGCGGAAUGCCCACUUCAUCCAGAUGCAAGCCAAGGAGGAGAAAAUGAGUCGGGCGCGCGAGGAUGAGGCCAAGCUGCGGGAGGAGCUCAUGUCGAAAUUUGCCGAGGAUGACCGGAUCGAACAGCUCAAUGACCACAAGCGCAGGCUGAAGGUUGAGCAACACAAGCGCGAGACAGAGCGUCUGAUCGAAAUGCGUCGUGAGAUGUUCGAGGUGGCGAGGGCCAAGGAGCGCGACGAGCAGGAAGCGCUGAAAAAGGACGAAGACCAGCGCCGGAUCAUCAUCGAGGAGGAGAAGAAGCGGUUGCUUCGCGAGCAUGGGCAAGAGCUUAAGAAGUUCCUGCCGAAAAAUACGCUGGGGAGCAUGGAGGACUACCAGCUUCUAUUUGGUGAAGCGGCUUGAAUGUGGCAUGCGCCUCCGAACGGAGUUGCGCCUUGCAGUGCCUCCGAACAGACGUGGGUAGCACCCUCAAAGAGGUGACUUCCCCUGCCGAGCUAAGCUCGCAGUUUCAUUGGCACACGAGGGCCGCCUUGCUGGCAGCCAGUACGGAUGACUUGCGCCGCAGUGCGAUGGCAUCCUCUCCUUUUUUGCGAUGGCAUCCAAUGCCCGUUGGAUUUCGCUAUUGGCUUGCGUUUUCGGCUGUUUGCCUUGUGGAAGUCGUGGAAUGUGCUAUUAUCCGGAUUUGUUGCUUCUUAACUGCAUGCUUUUCCCAGAAGUUUCAGAACUACAAAUAAGGAGGAGUAA